AUCCUGGGUCGUGGGGCGCCGCCGGGAUGGGUCGGCAGCUAUGGCCAAGGACAUCCUGGGGGAAGCAGGGCUGCACUUUGAUGAGCUGAACAAGCUGCGGGUGUUGGACCCAGAGGUUACCCAGCAGACCAUAGAGCUCAAGGAAGAGUGCAAGGACUUUGUGGACAAAAUUGGCCAGUUUCAGAAAAUAGUUGGUGGUCUAAUUGAGCUUGUUGACCAACUAGCAAAAGAAGCAGAAAACGAGAAGAUGAAGGCCAUUGGUGCCCGGAACUUGCUCAAAUCCAUAGCGAAGCAGAGAGAAGCCCAACAGCAGCAACUGCAAGCCCUGAUAGUGGAAAAGAAAAUGCAGCUAGAAAGGUAUCAGGUUGAAUAUGAAGCUUUGUGUAAAGUAGAAGCAGAAGAAAAUGAAUUUAUUGACCAGUUUAAUUUUCAGAAAUGAACUGAAAAUUUUAUUUUUUAUAACAGAAAGGCAAAAAAGCACCCCCCAACACACACGCACUCAAAACCACCAC